GCUUCCCAAUCCCACAAGCACAACAAUGCAAGGUGUGGAGCUAAGCUUGUUCUACUCUUCCAGUUCCAGUACUACUCUCUCCAAAACCCUUUCCCUUCUCUCCCCAAUUCCCAUUCCCAAACCUCCUUCCCUCUUCUCUCCAAUUCAUCUCUCCCUUUCCCUUUCUCUCUCCAAACGCUCUCUUCCCCACCACAUUUCUCGUUUCUCAAGCACCAAUCAACAACAACCAAAACAGAACCAGAACCAGAACCAGAACCAGGACGGAGAGGAAUCCGACGGCGAGGAUAUCGACGUCGCCGCGCUCGAGAAAGAAGCCAGAAACGCUGCUCGAGAGUACUCUACCUCCUUAUCCCGCCAGUUAACAAUCGAGGACGAGCCCAAUGUUCCGAUCCAACGCGGUCGAAAGCAGAGCAAGCGUAAAAUUACCACUAUAAAUAUCCCUGACCAUCUACUUCCAAGGGUUGCAAUUGUUGGAAGACCAAACGUUGGUAAAUCAGCACUGUUUAAUCGUCUUGUUGGGGGGAACCGGGCAAUUGUGGUGGAUGAACCGGGAGUUACUAGGGAUCGCUUGUAUGGUAGAUCCUUUUGGGGAGAGUAUGAAUUUAUGGUGGUUGAUACUGGAGGUGUUCUCAAUAUUGCAAAGUCACAGGUUGAUGUUAUGGAAGACUUGGCUAUUACCACAACAAUUGGUAUGGAUGGGAUUCCACUGGCCUCCAGGGAGGCAGCAGUUGCCAAAAUGCCCUCAAUGAUUGAGAGACAAGCUAUAGCAGCCGUGGAAGAAGCAUCUGUCAUAGUAUUUCUUGUUGAUGGACAGGCAGGUCUGACCGCAGCUGAUGAAGAAAUUGGAGACUGGCUACGAAAGAACUACUCAAACAAGUAUGUCAUUCUUGCAGUUAACAAGUGUGAGUCUCCACGUAAAGGACUCAUGCAAGCAUCAGAGUUUUGGUCCUUGGGGUUUUCACCACUUCCAAUAUCUGCUGUAUCUGGGACUGGAACUGGAGAGCUUCUUGAUCUUGUUUGUUCAGGACUGAAAAAAAUUGAGGGUACAGAAAUUCGUGAUGAAGAAGAAGAAGAUUAUGUUCCUGCAAUUGCUAUUGUUGGCCGACCAAAUGUUGGUAAAAGUAGCAUUUUGAAUGCAUUGGUUGGAGAGGAUAGAACAAUUGUUAGCCCAAUCAGUGGUACUACUCGUGAUGCCAUUGAUACUGAAUUUACUGGACCAGAUGGCCAGAAGUUCCGGCUUAUAGAUACUGCUGGAAUUAGAAGAAGGGCAGCUGUAGCUUCAGCAGGUAGUAUUACAGAAGCUUUAUCAGUGAAUCGGGCAUUUCGAGCCAUACGUCGUUCUGAUGUUGUCGCUCUUGUCAUCGAGGCCAUGGCUUGUAUCACGGAACAGGAUUGCAGGAUUGCUGAAAGGAUAGAGAGAGAAGGGAAAGGGUGCCUGAUAGUUGUCAACAAAUGGGAUACCAUACCAAAUAAAAAUCAGCAGACCGCAACAUACUAUGAGCAAGACGUUAGGGAGAAAAUUCGUGUUCUUGAUUGGGCACCUAUUGUUUAUUCAACUGCAAUAGCUGGUCAUAAUGUUGACAAGAUCAUUAUUGCUGCUAGUACAGUUGAAAAGGAGAGGUCAAGAAGGCUUAGCACUUCCAUAUUAAAUCAAGUUGUACAGGAAUCACUAGCUUUUAAAUCACCUCCAAGGACCCGAGGUGGCAAGAGAGGACGUGUUUAUUACUGCACUCAGGCUGCCAUAAGACCACCCACAUUUGUUUUCUUUGUUAAUGAUGAGAAACUUUUCCCUGAGACUUACCGGCGUUAUAUGGAGAAGCAACUACGUACAAAUGCAGGGUUUGCUGGUACUCCAAUUCGUCUUCUUUGGCGCAGCAGACGAAAAAUGGAAAAAGAUGAAGGUAGAGCUGCAAGGACACCAGCAAAUCUUGUGCCACGUGAUAGAAAAUUAGAAUUGGCUUCAUGAGUAACAAGGUUCUCACCAUUUUAGAACCAAGGCCAACCUCCACCACAAAGGCGCUGAUGUGAAAAGAGUUGCUGGAGGUAGGUUGUUGUUAAGAUGCUCUAAUUGGUGAUUGGCAAACAAGCGAGAGGUUACUAGUAUGGUGGCAGCUGACUAGAAUGAGAUUCAGCAAAAUAAGGGGAGCAUUGGAGAAAAGCCAGGUUCAAACCUUAAGCUGCAUUGGUCGUUUAGUGUAAAGAUCCUCAAAGAGUUCUUAGUGUAACUUUAACAUGAAGUUCCUAAGAUUCUAUCCAACCAUUUUGAAAAGGGUGGAUGAGAUCUUGUUACAUUAUCAAAAUUUAAACAUGUUCAGGCAUCCAUCCAAUGCAUUCUUUUCGAUCUUGUAUUUAAAUUAGGACUAUUAUUAUUUUGGUAUCUAUUUAAAUUAGGACAAGAUUUAGGUACAAUUCAUAAUGUUUUAUAUUUCCCCAAGUAAGUUUAAUCAUGUG